AUGUCGGACAGUGAAAUUGAGUUAACCAACGAGCAGCUGGACAUUUUGAAGUUUGCUGAAAGUGGAUACAACAUGUGUAUCUUUGGUAAAGGAGGAGUAGGGAAAUCUACUCUAGUGAAAGAGAUCAGAUGGCAGUUAACCAAAAAUUGAAUGCAAUGCCAAAUUGUUUGCGCAAGUGGAAUUUCCUGUGACAUAUACAAUAGCAAGUCAAAGACAAUCCAUUCUCAUUAUGGUUUGCAGACGGCCGAACUACCUGUGCAAAUGCUUAUCAAGUGAUCUCUCGAAAGAUAGAAUGUCCUUGAACAGGUUUGAAAAUACUCGUGUCUUAAUUUGGGAUGAAAUGUCGAUGUCAAGUCAACGUCUUUUGAAUUUGGUCAAUACGAUUCACUAGAUUGCAUCACAUAAUACUCUACCAUUUGGCGGAAUCCAAGUAGUCUUAGUUGGAGACUUUUGGCAGCUAAAACCUAUUCCAAGUCCACUAAAUACAGGAAUUCCAAUCUAUGAAUCGAAGUUAUUCAAAGAUGUCUUCCCACAACAGUUUGAGUUGACAAGAAUUCUAAGGCAAGAGGAAAGUGAGCAUCGUCUAAUAGAAGCUCUCCGACGUCUUGCAAAUGGGGUGAUGCGACGAUGA